UGCCACAAUCCUAAACAAUGGUUGUAACGUCAAAAUAAUAAAUUCCCUCACAACUGUUGGCGCUACGUUUGGAACAGUAAAUAAUAGGAAGAAAACAAAAUUCCGAGAUGGUUCAGCUGAAGCAGGUGUCUUUGCGGCUAAAGUCGAUCAAGAAUAUCCAGAAGAUCACCAAAACCAUGAAGAUGGUGUCAGCUAGCAAGUUCACAAAAGCCGAGCGAGAGUUGCAAGCUGCGCGGCCGUUCGGCUACGGGCCGCGCAAGUUCUACGAGUCCAGCCAGCUGGUCAAGGGCGCCGUGGACAAGAAGAAGGAGGACAAGGACGCGCCCGCGCCGCCGCCGGAGCCCGAGCCCGACAAGCCGGCCGACAAGGACGCCAAGGCCACCAAGAGGCUCUACAUUGCGGUCACUUCAGACAGAGGGCUCUGCGGCGGCGUGCACAGCGGCGUGUCGCGGCGGAUCCGGCGGGAGAUGGCGGCGCGCCGGGCCGAGGGCCCCACCAGCAAGCUGGUCUGCAUCGGCGACAAGUCGCGCACCAUGCUGCGCCGCCAGUUCUCUGACAACAUGCUCAUCAGUGUCAAGGAUAUCGGGCGCAUAGCGCCGGUGUUCGCGGACGCGGCGACCAUCGCGGCCGCCAUCGCCGAGGCCGGCUACACCUACGACAUCGGCGAGAUCUACUACAACAAGUACUUCAGCCCCGUCAAGUACGAGCUCUCCGUCAUACCCGUCUUCAACAAGGAAAAGAUUGAGGUGGCGCCCAACAUGAACGCCUUCGACGACGUGGACGCCGACCAGCUGGAGUGCUAUGCGGAGUGGACCGUGGCCGCGCUGCUCUACUACGCCAUGAAGGAGAGCGCAGCGUCGGAGCAGUCUGCGCGGAUGGCGGCCAUGGACAACGCCACCAAGAACGCGGCCGAGAUGAUCCGCAAGCUGACGCUGCUGUUCAACCGCACGCGGCAGGCCGUCAUCACGCGCGAGCUCAUCGAGAUCAUCUCGGGCGCCGCGGCGCUCAAGUAGCUGCAGCCGGUCUGCUGCUAGCAUAGCUCAUCGACUAUCCCUUAAAUCUCACCACUGAACUCUUCAAUAAAUAUUCCCACAAUGUGGCUGAAUGGUUCGUUCAAUGUUGAUGCCCAAUUAAGCAAAAAUGCCACAACAACUUAUCGUAUCGCUAUGCCAGCUGAUUUUACAAGACAGCAUUAAAGUCUUCCGCAUUAUUUAAAAACUCCAGUGAACUUUGAGUUGUAUCAAAAGUGGUGAGACUAGGGGAUGUACGAGCGCUGACAAGCAAGCCACGUGCUCUGCCGGGUGUCACCUGAACCACGAUAAGCCACCCAGCCUAGCUCCUGCGCGAAUAUUUAUAUAUUAUCUUAUAUUUGUAAGUAUUUAUACACGGCAGCUACAAUCGUGCAGUUCACCAAUAUUUAUUGUCCGAUGUUUGACUGGUAGCGCGUUUGUUCUGUUUUGGUAAAUGAAUAUAAACGUUUAGUUUAA